ACGUCGAGCCGGGCUGAAGUGGCCGGGGUUUCUGAGAAGUCCUGAGAGGGUCAGGGGUUCGGGUUCCUAGAGGAAGGCGCGCGGUGGCGGGACUCGAUCGGGGAAGAGCAAGGCAUUAAAAACUGGAAUCACAUAAAUCUAGACCAGUCUCUACUGUUUCAAGACUCUUCUGCUGACUGUCAUCUCUUCCUGGAAAAGUGGAUCACUCCCACCAUAUGGGGAUGAACCAUAUGGACAUGAACCAUAUGGACAACAGUACCAUGCCACCUUCUCACCAUCAUUCCACCACCUCAGCCUCACACUCCCAUGGCGGAGGAAACAACGGCAUGAUGAUGAUGCCUAUGACCUUCUACUUCGGCUUUCAUAAUGUGGAACUGUUGUUUUCCGGUUUGGUGAUCAAUACACCUGGAGAGAUGGCUGGAGCGUUUGUAGCAGUGUUUUUACUAGCAAUGUUCUAUGAAGGUCUCAAGAUAGCCCGAGAGGGUCUGCUGCGUAAGUCCCAAGUCAGCAUUCGCUACAAUUCCAUGCCUGUCCCAGGACCAAAUGGAACUAUCCUUAUGGAGACACACAAAACUGUUGGGCAGCAGAUGCUGAGCUUCCCCCACCUCCUGCAGACAGUGCUACAUGUCAUCCAGGUGGUCAUCAGCUACUUUCUCAUGCUCAUCUUCAUGACUUACAAUGGGUACCUCUGCAUCGCCGUAGCAGCGGGGGCCGGGACAGGAUACUUUCUCUUCAGCUGGAAGAAGGCAGUGGUAGUGGAUAUCACAGAGCAUUGCCAUUAACAUCAGACUCCACAUGUGGCCUUAUCGAUUGCAGUAGGAAGCAGCUCAAGACUGGAAGACAUGAUUUCCGCCCCAGUUACCCCUUCUUGCUAUACACACACAGAUCCACACACACCUGCCAAAUAGAGGGUUAGUUUUAAAGUCCUUUAGGUAAAGUGGUAUCUUUUCCUAAUAAGCUGAGAUUCCCAUUUCUCUUGAGAAGCUGUCUUUGAGAUAUCUUUUCCAUCAUCAUCAUCCUGGAGUACUGUUGUCUAAUUUAGCUUCCUAGUGAAUGACUUAUCUGCUUCUUUUUAAUCUUCUGGGUUUUUCUGUUUGUGUGUGUUUUGUGUAUUUUUUUUUUUUUUUGACAGUAUAUGAAUUUGGUUGGGGGCAUGGGUUCUGGUCAGUAUAGGGAUUAACUCGAGCCAGGAUUGAUGGUCAUUAGGGACAUUCUUGCCCAAUCAAACCCAGGAUUCAGACUUCAAAUGUUCCAGUCUCUGAAUUCAACAAGUGGGAAAUACGCUAUGCCUUUCUCUAGGUGUGAUGUGUUGCACCAAAGUCUGGAUGAAGUGCAGAGGGUGGUUUGAGACUAAAUCAGGCCUGGAGCUUGGAAAGUGUGUAUUCCUGGGGUGCUCACUCAUCAACUUGUGUUCCCACUUAACAUUUUUAUUAGGAUGUUUGCCAAUCAAAUCAAAAAGGGACAAUCAAUUUGAGAAAAUAAAAAUAGAUAUUUUUAAAUAAAACCAUUGGUGUUUUACUUCGACUUGGUAACUUGGUUUGUCCCAGUUGAAUGAAACAAAAAAGUUUGAAUUGUUUUUUUCCUAUGAUUAUUUCAUGUGUCUGCCUCCAGACCAAUGAUUUUCAAACUUUAAUGUACAUUAGAAUCACUUCAGUAGCUUGUUACAACACUAGUCAUGGAAGUCAAUCCUUGAACAACCCCCGCCCCACCCCAACUUGGCAUUUCUAAGUUCCCAGGUGCUGCUGCUUCUGAUGGUCCAAAGGACCACUUAAAGAAUCUCGGCUUUAAACAUAGGAGUUAACCCUGUGGGGGCAGGAGAAACACCUGGUGUUGAGAACAAGAACUUGAAUUGCUGGCUGAUGUAUGUCUCAGGGCUGCUGGUCAAUACUUAAUCAUUCCACAGACAUGUCUUCAACUCCAGCUAUACAUGUGCCCAUACACAGUACUGCAGCCAAAGUACACUUGUCAGCAUGUAUGAAGUCACUAAUCCUGACAAGAUCUGGGGCUUCUUGGAAGCAAUUUGAAGGCUGAGAGACCUUUGAUCUGCAUUGCAAAUCAUCCAGUCAUGGGCCAGAAGGGCAAAAGCCCAGUUUUCUGUUUGCAAAGACUUAGGGUGUGGUCUGCUAAUGGCCAGAUUUUCCUCAGCCCGCUGCAUCUGUGUCCACUAUGUAAGUCCUUGUCCUCUGUGACCAUCUUUAUUACUCUUGGGGGCUUAAGUAGAACACAAGUGGCCAAAACUUCUUUCCUCCACAAAGAACUACAUUGGAUUUUUAUUAUGUUCACUGCAGUCUUAUUCCCAGACUACCUCUUUAUAGUGAUUCUUCCUAUGCUAGUCUGUUAAGUCCUGACCUCCUUGGUGCUAGAUCCUAUUGCGCCUCAGGGCAUGGGAGAGAAAACAGCUAUCCUGUUGGCCUUUGUUGUUUUGAAGUUUGUACUUUCUCUGUGGGUGCCAGUUAAAUAUUGGAAAACAAGGAUUGUGUACUUCUUUGGCUUUAAACCAAGAAAGGGUUGUGAGCCUACUGGAGAGGGAACUUUUAGCACUUUGCCUUUCUCAGUUCAUCCCUCAUAGUGCAGCUUCUUAGCAUAAGUGGAAUGAAUGACAGGUACUGACAGAGCCCAACAUUAAGUAUAAAUAUUCUACUGUUGUCUCAGAAGCCAAGGAAUAGUAAAACUAUGAGGAAUGAGCAAGAAACAAUGCUGAGUAGUGAUCUGGUGCUCUCUGAAAAUCACCUCACUUUGAGCUGCUAUAAAAUCCCUUUAUGCCCAGAGGCCAGGGAUGUAGCUCUGGUGGAUUACUUGCCUAGCAUAUACAAGGCUCUGUAUUCCAUCCCCAGCACCCUAAAAAUAAAACAGACUAUCUUCCAGGAAUAGGACUUGAUGUAUCAGUGAAUUAAGAAAAAUUGAAGCCAGUUAAGACCAAUACUCUGAAUUUGAAACUUAAGAGAAACUUCAUCCUGGCACAGGUCUUCAGGGUAGAGACAAUCUCCUAAAAAAAAAAACCAAAAAAAAAAAAAAACCUGAAUUUUAGAGAUCCCUAGACUACGUUACCAGAGGAUGAGGGUAGUGAAAGAAAAGCUUAAAUGUCACCUUUCUUAAGCUUUUGGAUGUAAUGAUCUAUUCUCUUUCAAAUACCUAGCCCUUGAGUUUGUUUUGGUUUGAUCUAUUCACUUUUCCUCCUUCCCUGUUCCUGUGUAUGAGAAGACUAUGUCCCCAUUUCCUCAGCCCCUGCUCUCUCAUAUUUUCCAUCUUUCAGUCUUUUAUCCCACAUAGUCGACUGUAUUCAGCCUCCCUAGCCCUCUUGAUGCUGUGCUGUGGAUACAAUUACCAAUUAGAGAUUGGUAUUUCUAAACCUGCUGGAGACUUCAAGAAAGAAGUGCACCACACAAAUGUCUAUAAGGCCAGGCAAAGGGUCACCUAGUACCUCCCCCUAGGUGCUGACUACAGCCUGUGAUGGAAGAACAUUCAAAACACAAAUUGCCCACAAACGUGGAAUCCUCAGGAGAUUAAAAUUUGUCUUCACUACUCCUGUGGGUUAUCCAGAACUCCCUUAAAGGCUGUGGGUACUGGGUUGGGUUCCAGUCAAGGGGUUCCUUAUAAGGAUCUGGGGAAUGGGGCAAGGGGUACACAUUCAUAUCACUGGAUCUUGAUCCUGCCCUCUCCAGCCGCUUCUACUGAAGAUGCACCUAAAAUUGCGAAGUCUGCAUUUGAUAUAAUGCCUUAAUCACUGGGUCUACAAUUCGUGUUGACUGUUCGAGAUUGUAAGCUCAUGAAGAGCAGUAUGGAUAUAGUAGGAAUGUUUCAAUGGUGUCAUGUGUAAAAGAACAAAAUAAAUAUUUUGAUUUUUGUGGA